CUUGGGGGAAAAAAAGCAUGGCAGUUGGUUAAGAACUAUAACUUCCAAAAGUGAAACAUGUCUGAGAAAUGAAGUUCAAUUUUCCCAUAUAUAAGAGUGAAUAAGAGGAAUUCUGCGAUGUAAGGAAGAGAAAAUACAUGUUUAUAGGAAACGUCGACAAAGAUUUUUAUUUGUGUAAUUCAGACACAACUUGGUAAAAAUCAUCUUGAAGUCUUAGGAGGACACGAAUCCGUCUAUCUAUUUCUUAAAUUCCCUUGUGGAGAAGAUGUGAAUUACGUGGCGAAUAGCCACAAGAAGCUGGAGUGUAUGUUUCCUGUUCAUAAACAGACUGUUCUUCUGUGUUAAAUAACUGCGGUGACAUAAAUGUGGAUGUAUAUUUCCUUGCGAGUACAAAGCACGCGAAAUUUAUUUAGCGAAAAAAACAUUGAAAAGGAAUGCUGAAAGGAGAGAUCACAACAUUAACCAGUUUUCUUUAUGAAACCAGACGUUGGGCAUUUUAUUUAUCAGUGAUUCAAAAGACCUUCUUUAUAACUGGUUGCAUUACAUAUACAGCCGCCGAUCAGACACUGCUGAAGUCAUUCCUUCACUCCUUAAUAUAAAUUACCUCUUCCCAGUAACUUAACAACCAUUUACUACUCGCAUUUCUGCUCGCUUCUCAGCCUCUAAUUGCUUUAAUCUGAUACGAAGCUUGGUACACAAAGUACAUUCGACUCAACAUUUAUCAGUUACCGUACAUCGGAAUACGUUAUAACAUCAAACAUCCUUCGACAAAGCAUUUAGAAUUUAUUAGUUAGUUCAUCCUUUUCAAGCAUUUAGUGGCAAAUUCUCGUACGUAGACCACGUUACAAUAUAGAAAAUCAUUUUGUUACAAUUGAAUUCUGAGGAUUAUUAACAGGCACAUGUUAUUGGUACAUAAUAAUCAGUUAAUGUUAAUGACUUCUAUAAAAAAUGUUUAAAUUGUGAAUAAAAUUUAAACGUGUUUAAUAUCGAUGUUCUGCAUGAAAAAUUAAAAAUCAGUGGUUCCUAAAGUAUUCAGUGAUUUAUCGUGUUUACGAUGUACUUAUGUAACUGUCCAUUUAAAAAAGGAAUAUAAAUAUUAAUAUAAAAGAAGUUAAAUUAUGUGUUCUGUUAUUGCUAAUUACUUAGUAACUUUUGUAUGAGAAACAUUAAAACUAAGCUGAUAACGGUGCUCUCUGAAUUAAACAAACAAAACUUACUAAAAAUAAUCGAUAUUUCUUAUCUUCCAUACUUGUUAUUUUAGUUCUUAAUAUACAAAGGAAAAAUCUGUAUUGCUACUUUCACUAUUAGAUGAUAAAUGUUAGUUCAAGCUGUUAAAUGAAAAGAAUGUAGAAAUUUAUAACAGCAUCCUGUCUAGUAAUGCCAGAGUGAACUUCUAAACAUUCCCGCAGACAUGUUUUUCAGUGACUGAAAUAUUUUUUAUACAUUUGAAAUAUUUCAAAUAAAUAUAGGAGAACGAAUGAUUUAUUUUUUUAAUAUUCUGUCGUUGACGUGUCCAGUAGAUUUCAGUAGUUUAUUUUGAACGAAAUCAUGUCUUAGUAAGACUUAAAACUCGCAAAAAAGUGAGAGAGAACUAUUGAAUAUGCCAGUUUUAUAUUACUAUGAACAUUUGUUACUUGAAGUGAAUAUGUAUAAUUCUUACCUCAAAGCUUUGUUUAUGUUUUGUUACUUAUGUAAAUAUCACGUUAUCACAAUUCUAAAUUAAGUGUCGCGUUUUAAAAAAAGGAGAGUUUACUUUCAAACAUCAGCAUUCUUACGUAAGAUCUUGCAAAAAUAAAACACCAUUUCUGAAGUGACGUGAAACUGAAAUAAUGCAGGGUUUUUGGAAAGAGUUCGAAGGAAUUUUGAAACGGAAAACUGUCUAUAAAAGGGAACUGGCAGAGGGAAGUGAAAAUUAUUAAUCUGUUGAUAAAAUAAUAGGGCGUUAAGUAUUUGUACCCCUGUGUUGCAAUAAAUUUGUAUGUAAAUCUGGACAUUCAGAAAAAAACAGAGAGAAGGGUAAUAUAUGCGUUAUAAGAGGGAAUUUUAGUUUUAUCCUUUCCUCUGAUCCAUUAGAUUUCACUCCAUAAGCCAACCUUUGUUUCUCCCUUUUUGACCUCCCUGUGUACUGCUCUCGAAAAGGAUAUUGCAUCAUUUGACUGUAUUACUUUGUGACUGCGUCACCUCAAGUACCUGCAUAAGGCGAAAAGAAUAUUUUUCCAGCUCUGAAUGUGAUCUAUGGUCCUUUCAAAUGUUGUAUGUCAUCUUUGAUAUUGGUGGAAUCUUCCUACCGCCACGAUGAAAAGAGAAAAAUGAAGGUUUAUUUGACAGAGAGAUUAGUAGUAAACCUUGCAUUUUGCUGCAAGAAUAAAAAGAAAUAAAAUUCAACCGAAAAUCAUUUUAUAUUUACGUUUAAAAGAAGCGAAUAAAAUAUAAUUUGGAAACAUUAAAUGCAAAUUGUAAUCAGACUGCAAGUAAAGAUCAUCACGUAUUAUUGAACCUGGUAACACGAAUUUAAAAAUAAAUGCAUUUUAAUUGUGCAAGUUUAUUUUUAUUGUGGAAUGUGUGUCAACAUUAGAGAGCGCUCAAAGCUGCUGACAACAAGUCGUAGAAUGACUUGUGUCACUCUUCAACGCAGUUACUGGAUCAGGAUUUUUAUGGUUUGCUUCGUUGUCACAAUGCUCUUUCGUGCUGGAGACGUGACUUCUAAACGGCAUGAAGCUUCAAGGAACUACAACUUUUAUCAUUAUCAUCAUCAUCAUCAUCAUUAUCAUAAUCACUUUCAUCAUUUUAACCGUCGAGUGCAUAACGAAUAUAAAAACGAGAUGAACACUGGACCAAGUAUCAGCAGUUCCAAACGAACUUAUCCGCCCGGUGUUCAAAACAUUCCCAGUUCCCAAAAUAUUGAUAGAAAUUCUCAGGUCGAUUUUGAGAACUCUGACGUUUCCGGUAAAUUUCGUAAAGUUUUUCAUGGUCAUGACGGAGAACUGGAUGCUAAGUCGAGACAUUUUUUCGACGUGAGAGAAGAACAAAGUGAACUGAAUACAAUAGAAUCGUCUCGACACGUCGAUUAUUCGUCUGAAUCGAUUGUACCUUCCGAUGUAGCAGCUCAGAGACAUAGUGACAUUAAUCAUGCUUUGUCAUUACAAUAUUCUCUUAAAAAUAAAAUUCUGUGUCAUGAAAAGUGCAGUGAUGAAACUCCGAAUCACAUUGAACAUCAGCACCAACGCACAUCUGCAAAACAGAAACGUAAACAGUUUUUUCCUGAAAUAACAAAAGGUAUUUCAAUUAAUAGCCUGGCAAUCGGGAUGCCUGUGUCAGACAGGAGAGAUACUUCUUCUGUCAGCCCUGAAUACAGUAGCCGAAAUAGGACACAUUUUCUUCAGGAUGAUAUAUCGAAAGACCUCUCUCAUACGUCAUAUCAAAACAAUGGUCAUAUCCAAAGUGUUCAUAGGAAUACAAGCGCAUAUACACAUCACAAGCUCAAUAAAAGUAUUAAUCUGAAAACGCUCAAUGUAGUGGACCCACGCAAAGACGUCAGGUUACUCAAAGACCAGAGGAGUAGGAACCACCGAGACAGAAACUCAAGCCAGCAUCGACAUUCUCGUCAUUUCGAACUCGUAGAAGGCAGGCCUUUUCGGUCGCUUGUAGAACCGGUCCUGUCAAGUGAAUCUGAAGACAUACCAUGGCCGGUGAAGAGGGAGGCUGUAGUGGAAGGCGAUCUCAUUUUGGGCGGCCUCAUGAUGGUCCAUGAGCGUGAAGAGAGCUAUACAUGUGGCCCCAUCAUGCCACAAGGAGGCAUCCAAGCUUUGGAGACGAUGCUCUAUACUCUGGACGUACUUAACAGGGAUCCCCAGAUGAUACCCAACGUGACCAUCGGGGCCCACAUCUUGGACGACUGCGAUAAGGACACGUAUGGACUUGAGAUGGCUGUGGACUUCAUUAAAGAGCUCUUUUGGAAAUGGAGAGUGCAUAGCGGAAUAAGAACCCGGAUAUCAGCGUGAGAUUUUUCCAUCUGGCAAUGAAGAGGUGAACGAUCUGUGAAAAGUUGGAGCACUUUUCUCUUCUGACACUACAUUUUGAUUCUGUUGAGUAUAACCACUUUCUAAUUUUUUCGUAAAUCUUUAAUCGGACAUUUUCAUCGUUUACAUUCAUUGCUAAUGUUCAUCUCUAAUUUUGUUAAAUGAUUCCUUAUCAACUGUA